AUGAGUAUUGCGGGCGGAGUGAGCUGGGAGCAAGUGCUCGUUCCACUGAAAGCCAUUUCUGCACCAUGGGUGCUCCUAUUCCUUUUCUACAUGUUCUUCACUUACUUUGCGGUGCUCAAUGUAAUUACUGGCGUAUUUUGCCAGUCAGCCAUCGACAGUGCGCAGAAUGAUCAUGCUACCGUGGUCCAUACCAUCUUGGCGAACAAAGAGGCGCACCUGGAAAAGGUGCGGGAGCUUUUCAACAAGUUGGGGGCAGAGAAUACAGGUGGCAUCACGUACCUCAUGUUUGAGGAGAAGAUAGGAUCUCCAGAGGUGAAGGAGUACUUCGAAUCUCUCGGCCUCGAUGUAUGGGAUGCCUGGUCUUUCUUCAAAAUGCUGGAUCUGGAUGACAGUGGUGCUGUGGACAUCGAGGAGUUCUUGAUGGGCUGCCUGCGCGUGCGGGGCACUGCCAAAGCCAUCGACAUUGGAAA